GAUCGGCAAGAGGAGGGUCGGCUGGCGCGCUGGGGGGAUGUCGAGAAAGCGGGGCGAGGGAGCAUCUCGACCUAACUCGUGGUGCUGCAGAAGCACGAUUCUGCGCCCCGGCGAGGUCUCGGGGCCAUCCUUCGAGGGGACCGGGGGCGGGAUGGGUGGGUGGCGACCAUGGAAGAGCAAAGCCGUUUCCUCUAAACGCCGACCACCAACGACGACGGUCAGCUGCGUGUGGCAGGACCGAAACAGUCUUCCUACGUGUCUCAUCAGAACUGGAAGGGGCCGCAAAGUCGGGGCCCUCGGGCGCCCGUCGAGCGUGUUGGACAGGCAAAAGUUCCAACUCCUUCGUCGAUCCCGUGCCGGCGAGGGAGGAGAAACAUUUUGGUCUCUCACCACUCGAGGGGUUUCCGCGUGGUUUCCUCCGACGACCCGACUCGCCCCGGACAACUCGAGCCGUAGGUCACAAGUCCUGGGGCUAAACCGCGGUCAUGGAUAUCCCGUGCUGUCUGUCACAAACGAAGGAAUCGACCCGCCGGGCUUCAUUCUUGGUUGCGGCCCGCGCGGGCACUCCGCGAUUUACCAGGACGGGGACGGUCGAGCAUACCCGGUUCUCGGGAAUCAGUCUUUGCACACUGACGGGUGCUGACUUGGAGUACCGAGAUUCCUCAAGCGCUCAAGAUCCGAGGGUUUCUGAGCAUGGGCUGCGGCGUGCCGCAAAGCUUUGACUAUUGGCAUCUAUUUAGGUUCCGCGCCCGAUGAUCUGCGAGAAAGCGUCUCCGAGUUUCUGGAGCGGCCGGGCGCGCUUCCGGUUCGACGGUUUACGGCGAGGUCGCGCUAACAGGAAAGACCGGUCCAGAGCCUUCUCCUA